AACAGCUAACAGAGAGCCUGCCUCUGCAACUCGGAGGGACCAUCUCCAUCCUGCAGCCUCUCUGCCUAAAGUGGAUUGCCCUUAGCCAAAGUACCCACAAGGAAACCCAAACUGCUACACAAAGGAUAACUUCACAUUAUCCCUGCAGCUGUCUGAACAUAGAAACCCCUUAGAGGCUCCAGAGAGGGAGAGGGAGACACAUUGUAAAUAUAUCGGAACCCUUUGUACUGUAUUACAAUUUAACACUUUCUUCUCUCUGCUUUUGGGUGGUCUGAUGGACAAGGAAUAUAUUCUUAUAUCUCAUAUAUCACCAAAAAUCCUUGGAGUAUCAAGAUAUCCCAUUCCACUUUGGUGCAAAAUAUGAGAAUUUUAUGCCCACAUUAAAAAGGUUAAUAUUCGUCCAAGGUCCUGCCAUCCAUGAAAAUUCACACAGACUAUUUCAAGAUGUUUAAUUAUUCUGUGCGUGAGAAUUUUAGCCAAUUAUCCCCUUGAUAAUGACGGUGGUGAGUGGCAGGCUGGCAUUCAUUUAUAGAGGAAGGCCCAUCACCUAGUCAACAUCUCGAGUCAAGCGGAACUGCAGUCUCUGAUAUCAACACACGCAAUGAGCCUUUGACAUUUAAUUUAGGAAACAACAAAGGAGAGCAAACCAAAGCUAAGCAUGUGUCUAAGAAAUGCGUUGGUGACGACUUCUCUUUCAUGGAAGAAAAUGAAGGAUUACUUACUAAUAGUUACUAUUUUCUUUUCUCUCGGAAAGGGGGAUUUGGAUGGGAAAGACCAAGAUUUUUUCUGGAAAACAGGUACCUGGGGUCGGUGCGUAGGGGAAUGUGGACCAGGAGGUGUCCAGGGUCGAUCAGUGUGGUGCAUCCAUGCAGAAGGAUGGGUAACUCACAAUUCAAACUGCAAACCAAAGGAUAAACCCGAGAGCCAGAGAUCAUGUUUUAAAAUCUGCGACUGGCACAAAGAACUCUUCCAGUGGGAGGUUAAAGAAUGGGAAUUGUGUUUCCUUGUGCCCUAUCCCGGCAGUGGAAUAAAAAUAAGGACUAUGGAGUGUGUUACGGCCCAGCAUGGAUUACAACAUAGACAGGUAGAUUGCGUCGAAAAGGCAAAUCGUUCCAUCGCACUGAGUGAAAUCUGUGAGUAUUUCACGCCACGGCCUCCGACAGAACAAGUUUGUCUUGUACCUUGCCCCAGAGACUGCGUUGUUUCUGAGUUCUCGAUGUGGUCAACCUGUACUAAAAGCUGUGGGAAGCAACUCCAACACAGAACACGUUCCGUCAUCUCACCCGCUUUGUACGGUGGCUCUGAUUGUCCCAAUCUUACUGAGACAAGAACUUGUGAAUUCCAGGGUAUCUGUCCUUUUGGAGCAGAGGAAUACACAUACAGUCUUAAAGUUGGACCCUGGAGUGAAUGUAGGUUGCCUCAUUUAAAGGAAAUUCAUUUGAGUGGAAGGACCAUGUUGGAUUUCAGCUCUGACUCAGGAGAGAGAAGUACAUUUAAACAAGAAAGUCGCACAUUUCACACUUUUUCCCACAAAGAUUGGAACCCAGAAAUUGGUUAUCAAACUAGACAAGUUCGAUGUAUACGGAGUGAUGGGAAAAACGCCUUGCUCAGCAUCUGUAUCCAGGAUAAUAUGCCCAUUCAAUACCAGUCGUGUAUUAUUCCCAAAGACUGCGAGGUAAUGCAAUGGUCAGCGUGGAGUGCUUGCUCUAAGACCUGCCAAUCUAUGGACCAGGCCCCCGGAUUUAGAAGCAGGAGUCGGGGUAUGAAAUCCAUAGCCAUGGGAGGAGGCAGGCAGUGCCCGGAACUAACAGAAAGUGAAGCAUGUGACAUAAAAUCCGACAGCUUACCACCAUGCCCUCGUUUUUUUUGGAAGACGACUGCGUGGAAAGAAUGCAGAGUGUCCCACCUUGCUGACCAGACAGAGCCUCACUGGGAGACGGACCGGGUCCUUUGUGGUGGUGGGACUCAAACACGCAGUGUGUUUUGUGCUCAGAGUAUUAUAGAAUCUGGAAUGGAAUCAUUUGAAGAAGUAUACAGGCCGGUGGAUCAGAAGUUCUGUGUGGGACCCAUGCCUUCUCCUUCCCAGCUAUGCAGUAUCCCAUGUUCAACAGAUUGCUUGCUCUCCACUUGGUCCGCCUGGGGACCUUGUGUUUAUGAGAAUUGUCUGGAUUAUCAAGGAAGAAAAGGAUUGAAACUGAGACGGAGGCAUGUUAUUGUCGAGUCAACUGGUGGCAGCGGUAGUUGUCCACAUUUAGUUGAAUCAAUCCCCUGCGAUGACCCUGUGUGCUAUAAAUGGGCAGUUUCUGGAGAAUUACAUUGUGUUCCUGAAAAUGGAGAAUGUGGACACGGGAGGUACCAAGUGAACACAAGCUGUCAAGAUGAGAAUGGGCUUACUGUCUCUAAUGAGCUGUGUGUUGACGAACCCCCUAUGCAGUUGGUUUGCAAAGUGCCUUGCAGUCUGGAUUGUGUCAUCAGUGAAUGGUCUCACUGGUCAGACUGUUCUAGAUCGUGUUCGUCUAAAAAUGCAGAAGGGAAACAAAGCAGAAUGAGGUCUAUUCUAGCAUAUCCUGGGGAAGGUGGAAAGUCUUGUCCUUCAAGCCAAUCAUUAUAUGAAUAUCGCUUAUGUAAUAGUCACCCUUGCACAGCCUUUUUCUGGGAAACCUCCCCAUGGAGUUCUUGUUCCGUGAAUAAUGCAAUCCCAUCUCUGAAUGCCACCGUCAGCUGGAAUGGAAAUGCCUCAUGUGGAGUUGGAAUUCAACAUCGUAAGAUAUUUUGUAUCAAAAGUAACGCUGGCCAAGUUACCAACAAAAGAUGUCCUGAAUCUACCAGACCUGAAACAAUUCGCCCAUGUCAGCUUGAUUGUAAAAAAGACUGCGUUGUUACUCUUUUUAGUGAAUGGACACCUUGUCAUUCAGUUUGCAAGCCAGGCAAUGGAACCUUUCUCAAACAGUCUCGCUACAGAGUGGUGCUACAAAACCCAGUCAAUGGAGUUCAGGAUUGUCCCAAUACUUUAUAUGAGGAGCGAGAGUGUGAAGAUCUUCCCAUCUGUUUAAUAUACAGGUGGAAAACCCACCCAUGGGGUCAGUGUGUUUUGGUGCCAGAUUCUGUGAAAUUAGGAAUUAUGGGAAUUACUGAGUCAUGUGGUCAAGGUCUACAAACCAGGGAUAUAACAUGUCUGUCAGGAGAAGACCAACCUGCUAAUCUGUCUGCAUGUUUUCAGUGGGCUGGUCCGAUGCCUACCAUGGUACAGGAAUGCUAUGCCCCAUGUAAAGAUGACUGCACCUUCACUUCGUGGUCAAAAUUUAGCACUUGCUCUGCUGAUUGCACAACAUCCCGAGUGAGGAGAAGGACUCUAACAGGAAGAAGCAAAAAACGUGAAAGAUGUCAAAACACAGAGUUUUAUCCUCUAGCUGAAGCAGAGCUGUGUCCUUGUGAGGUUUUUAAAUCUUUGCCAUAUGGAAAUUGGUCAGACUGCAUAAUAACAGGAACAGAAAGAGAAAUUCAAUUAGGGAAGAAUAACGUGGGAGGCAUUAAAGAGUGCGGUGAAGGUGUGCGGUUUCGAGCGACUGCGUGUUAUGAUUUAACAGGCAGAAUAGUAAAUCCAGCUCUCUGUGGCCAUGAUGGUUACUUAAAGGAAACAUGUGCCAUUCCUUGCCCCUUUGACUGCAAGAUGAGUGAUUGGUCAACCUGGUCAUCCUGUAGCUCAUUGUGUGGAACUGGAGUGAAGAUCAGAAGAAGGUGGUUAAAACAAAAACCUUACAAUGGAGGUCGUUCAUGCCCCAAGCUGGAUAUUAAAAAUCAGGUGUAUGAGGCUCUCCCUUGUUAUAGUGAAUGCAAUAAAUACGAAUUGGUGUCAGAUCCGUGGUCAGCAUGCAAGUUCAGCAGCGAAGAGAAGACUGUUUGCGGGGAAGGAAUACAAAUCAGGAGAGUGCGAUGCGUAAAUAUAUCAGAAAAUGGUGAAGAUGCAUUUGUCAAUGACACAUAUUGUAACCAAAGAGAAAUUGUCUCAACGAGACAAAAAUGCACACUGUCCUGCCCAGGAGAAUGCGUGAUGUCAAACUGGGGACAUUGGAGCGAAUGUCCAAAGUUCUGUGAUUCAAAGAACAAAAGAUUAAGAACCCGAUUUGCACUGAGAAUUCCUGCAAGUGACAAUACGUGUCCCGAAGACUCACAAACUGAGCCCUGCAUUCUAAACAGCAAUUGUUUCCACUAUCGAUACAACAUAACAGAAUGGAGCGCUUGUCAGUUGAGUGAAAAUGCUGAGUGUGGAGAAGGCACCAGAACCCGUCUCGCAGAGUGCAUUCGCAGUGAUGGAAAACCGGUGAAAAUGUCUUUUUGUGAGGAGAUCAGAUUGGAACAUCCAAUAAAAAUGAGUAUCCAUUGCUUUGUGGAAUGUGCAAUUGAUUGCCACCUCUCAGACUGGUCGUCCUGGUCUCCAUGCUCCCAGACAUGUGGAAGAGAAGGUCAAAUGAUCCGUUCACGACAAACUAUCCUGCAAGCUCAUGGAAAUGGAAGACCUUGCCCAACACAGUUGAAACAAUACAAAAAUUGUCCAGCGUAUCCUUGCUACGAAUGGAGUUUCGGAGAGUGGUCUAAAUGUAAAGUAGAGAAUGGUCAGUGCGGGGAAGGUUUUAAAGUACGGAACCUCACAUGUGUGGUCCAUGAUGCUUUACCGACAAGUUCUAGAAAGCAAGUUGACCCACAUUUCUGUGGAGUAGCACCUUCAGGAGAAGACCUCUUCAAAUUACACUGUUCUAUGCCUUGUGCAGGUGACUGUCACUUGGCAGACUGGUCCCAUUGGAGCUCCUGCGAGCUGACCUGCAUCGAUGGGAGGAUUUUUGAAGCCGUUGGUCUACAGUCACGCUCUAGAACCUUUAUCAUGGAGUCUCUAGAGAACCAAGAGAACUGUCCAAAGAUGACCACAGAAACCCGCUCAUGUACAGGUGGAAAAUGUUUCAAGUACACAUGGAAAAUGAGUCCGUGGAGAGAUAAUAAACGUGAUGUUUGGUGUCAGCGUUCAGAUGGAAUAAAUGUUACAGGGGGGUGCUCUCUCCAAUCACAACCUGCUACUGUCCGCGUCUGUGAUCCACCCUGCACGAAACCUUUUUCCUACUGCAUGCAGAGUGGAGUCUGUGGCUGCGAGCAAGGAUACACACAGAUAAUGAGAUCGAAUGGGUUUCUUGACUACUGUUUGAAAGUACCAGGGACGGAAUUCAAGAAGGCUGAUGUUAAAAAAAUUGUUGAGAAGAGCAAACGUGUCAAUUCCAGAAUCCCUGAAAUUUUUAAAGGCUGGUCCAUUCAGCCCUUUGAUCCAGAUGGAAGGGUAAAGCUUUGGGUUUACGGAGUGUCCGCGGGCAGCUUUCUUAUAAUAGUUCUUCUUAUCCUUUUAUCCUAUUUAAUCUGUAAGAAGCCAAAAGAGAACAUGAGUUUUUUUCCACAGCAGAAGCCUCUGUCCUUCUCGUAUGAUGGCGAUAUUGACAUGUAACUCAUGAUAAUGUAGACAUGAAAAUACAGACAUCAACUGCCUUAGCUGCUUUUUGUUUUGUAACAAGGUCAAAGAUUUCUUCCAGCAAAACAUGCUGACACCAAUGGAACUUGGUAAAUAACACAGAAACGUUGCAGCCUCCAGAAAAUUGUUGGAGAUCACAGGAGAUAUUUUUGUUUUCGGUUCCACGAGACUAUGCCUACAUUUUCUUUUUACAAACUUGGAAUAAAAAUAAAUAAAAUAUGGAUUUCCUAAAC